GAUCUCCCGCCAGUGGUGCGGCAAGUGCGUUCGCGCUCGCAUCGUUUUUUCAGUGCACGGAGGCUGACAACAACGGAGGCUUGAUGGCUGAUGUAACAGGUUAUACGGCUGGCGGCUUUGGCCUAGGCCGCGGGCGAGGCGUUCGAACGGCUACGGGCGUUGCGCAGGCUGAAAAGACACCGGGUUCUGGGCAGUCAACUAACGGUUGGGGAACCACUGCACCCACCACAGAUUCGUCGGGCUGGGGGGGUACAGGAGGAGGCCAGUCCAACAGUGUGCCAGCCGAGGCUGGCUGGGGCGCUACAAACGGUGCUGUUGACUCCGGCUGGAACAACAAUGGCGCCGGUGACAACAACAAUGGGGCCGGCAGCACGCCGGCUGCAGAUGACCCCUGGCAGGAAGACACCAGCAGCGGGUGGAAGGAGGAGCCCAGUUCAAGCUAUGGUGGCGGCUCUAGCAGCUUUGGCGGCGGAGGCAGUUACGGAAGCGGUGGCGGUGGCCGCUCUGGCGGGGGUGGCGGAAGCAGAGUGCGCUCUGGCUGGGACAACCGAGCAGGUGGAGGAGGCGGCGGCGGAGGACAUCGUUCAGAUGGCCGUCGUACAGGUGGCAGAGCCUGCUUCAAAUGCAACCAGGAAGGGCAUAUGAGUAGAGAUUGCCCUAACGGGGACUCUGGAGGUGGAGGUGGCCGUGGAAGGGGCUGCUUUAAAUGUGGAGAAGAUGGUCAUAUGAGUCGAGACUGCCCAAAUGCCGACUCGUCUUCUGGUGGUGGCCGCUCUGGCGGCAGAGGGUGUUUCAAAUGUGGCCAGGAGGGCCAUAUGAGCAGGGAUUGUCCCAACUCUGAUUCCUCGGGAGGAGGUGCCAGUGGGGGCAGAGGGUGUUUCAAGUGUGGCGAAGAAGGCCACAUGAGUAGGGAUUGCCCAAAAGCCUCCAGUGAUGAUCGACCCAAGAGGGGCUGCUUCAACUGCGGAGAGGAUGGGCACAUGAGUCGCGACUGCCCAAACCCACAACAGGAGCGGCGACCCAAGGGCUGUUUUAAGUGUGGCGAAGAAGGCCACAUGAGCCGCGACUGUCCCAACCCGGACGCUGGGGGUGGCCGAGGGGGUGAUUCCUCCGGAGAUGGUGGUGAUCGGCCAAAGGGGUGCUUCAAGUGCCAGCAGGAAGGGCACAUGGCCAAGGACUGCACCAACGAACCCGUGCCCCGCAUGGGACCAGACGGCAAGCCGAUGGAAGCACCUUACGUUCCGCCUUCACUGCCAACUGACGAGGACACCCUCUUCUCGAGCAUCUCCACUGGCAUCAACUUUGCCAAGUACGACACCAUUCCUGUGGAAGUCAGCGACUCUGCUUUCCGUACUCCCUUCAUGAGCUUCGAGGAGAUGGGCCUCACCAACCUGCUGCAGCAGAACCUGCAGCGUGCCAAGUAUAUGAAACCCACGCCCGUGCAAAAGUAUGCAAUCAAGAUUAUACUGGCUGGCAGGGACAUGAUGGCCUGCGCCCAGACUGGUUCUGGAAAGACGGCGGCGUUCAUGCUGCCCAUUCUGCAGUCCCUGAUGAGCGACAGUUCCCUGGAGAACCCUGCGAACCAGGCUGUGCAGACUCCUCUGGCGGUGAUCCUGUCGCCCACCCGUGAGCUGGCCAUCCAGAUAGCCCAGGAUGCUCACAAGUAUUCCUACGACUCGAUCAUCAAGACUGUGCUCGUGUACGGAGGCACAUCAGUCCAGCACCAGCUGGCAAUGUUAUCACGAGGAUGCCACAUCCUGGUGGCUACCACCGGCCGUCUGAAGGACUUUGUUGAGAAGGGCAAGAUCACGUUCGAAAAGUUGCGCUUCCUGGUCUUGGAUGAAGCGGACAGAAUGUUAGAUAUGGGUUUUGAGCCCGACGUUCGCGCUCUCGUGGGGCACUCGACCAUGCCGCCGCGGGGCCAGCGUCGCACGCUCAUGUUCUCCGCCACCUUCCCAGAGUCGAUUCAGUUACUGGCACGGGAGUUCCUGGAUAACUCUGUCAUGCUCUCUGUGGGCAUUUUGGGCGGCGCCAACUCGGACGUCCAGCAGCAGGUCUACCAGGUGUCCCAGUUUGAGAAGCGGCAGAAGCUUCUGGACAUCCUCGCCGAGGAGGGUAGUGACAGAGUGAUGGUGUUUGUGGAGAAAAAGAAGACUGCAGACUUCCUGGCUGCCUUCCUGUCCCAAAAGGGUGUCAAGACGACUAGCAUCCAUGGUGACCGGUAUCAGCGGCAGCGCGAGGAGGCACUGCAGGACUUCAGGCGGGGCACCUGCCCAGUCAUUGUGGCCACGGCUGUGGCCGCCCGCGGUCUGGACAUCAAGGAUGUGCGCCACGUCAUCAAUUACGACCUGCCUCAGUCCAUAGACGAGUAUGUGCACCGCGUGGGCCGUACUGGCCGUGUGGGCAACCUGGGCAAGGCCUCGAGCUUCUAUGACUCUGAAGCUAAUAGUGCACUGGCUGCUCCGCUCAUCAAGAUCCUGUCAGAGAGUCAGCAACAGGUUCCAGACUGGCUGCAGACCGAAGCAAAGUAUGGCGGCGGAGGAGGUGGAGGCGCCCCGGUGAGUGCUGUUCCUUGUAUCAAUGGCUAGGAUGCGUUAAAAGCA